AUGUUACAUACAUUGAUUCUAUUAUUGUCAACAACAAUAACAUCAGUUUCAAUGUUAUCCUGUUGUGAUUGUCCACUAAAACAUUAUGAUUUUCUGAUAACACCGGAUAAUAUUCCCAUAUUUACUAGUUGUACAACAACUAAUACAACGGGAAAGUUUUGCUCACUGAAUAUUUAUUCGGAUGACAAUGGAAAAACAAGUAAGUUGAGAGCAAAUCCAAACACCGGUAUCGAACGUGCAAAUGUUUCUUAUAUUUCAACCGGAUUUGAUGUCCCUAAUAGCUUUGAUGAAACUAUGGCCUUCGGCAUUUUGUAUCAGUGUAUGACAGAUAAUUGCAAUAAUCCACAAAUGAUAUUAAAACGAAUACUUCAAGCAUCAAAAAUUGAAACAUACAAACCUCCUCAAUCACAAUUGACAGUUGAUCAAUCCGCAUCAAGUUCAACUCUUGUGUGUUCAAUAUUUUCAAACUUUACAAGCAUCGAUGAAUGUCGCCCACCAUUUCAUGUUCGCGAAUCACCAAAUUUUGAUGAGACGUGUCCAACAUAUUGUGUAACAGCAAUCAGAAUUGAUCCAGUAGAUUUAAAAACAGAAAGAAUGUGCUCAUAUUGCGAGCAAAAAACGACAGAACGCUUUUUAUACAUUGAUGAAAGAAUACAUUUAUUAGACAAACGUAUUAGUUAUUUACAACAAUUAGAUUAUGUUUGUAACACAAGCAACAAUUGUAAUUCAUUGGACAAUAUAAGACAAAUACAACAAAGAUACAAAAUAGAAUUUGAUUUUGAUAUAUUUUUUGAUUCCAAUGGUACAACGACGAUGACCCAAACUACAAGUGACAUGACAAUAAUCACCACAGCCACAACUGGUACAACGAUGACCACCACAGCCACAACUGGUACAACGAUGACCACCACAGCCACAACUGGUACAACGAUGACCACCACAGCCACAACUGGUACAACGAUGACCACCACAACCAGAAAUGGUAUGACGAUGAUCACUAUGGCCGGCAGUUUACAACUAAUCACCUAUUUCUUUUUAAUUUUCCUAUUUUUUCUUGAAUAA